CAGGACUACUCUUUUUCGAAGGUAGUGACAGCAUCUGUUGUCACCGUUUUGUAUACGUAUCUUAGGCUUUGAGGGUUAUGAAUGCAAUUCUUAUAGUCGCAUAAAUAUCAUAUUUGUGUUUUGUGGUUUUGGUUUCUUGGUUCAUAGGUUGUUGUACUGGUUUAUAUUUGGGUCUAUAUUUAUUUUGUUUUAUUUUUGGCUUUAACUUACUGUUCAUUUUACUGGCUUUUUAUGUUAUAAUUUUUGGUAAAUAUCUAGCGUAAAUUGAAAAAUUUCCAUAUGCAAUCCCCAUCAACUAGCGCCAGUGUUGUCUCUUCCAACUCGUCACUAGGGAAAACUUUGGAUAAAGAUGUUUGUCCUUCUGCGAUGAAAUCCUAUCAACAUCUCAUUUCUCUUCCUCCUUCACCACUUUCUCCCGGUAUUUUGUCAGACAAUGGAGAUUUAAUUCGAUGUAGUCGACCAACUACGCCUUGUAAACCAAUUGUCGCUACUUCUAGUCAGAAGCCAACAUCUUCGUCUGGUGCUCGAUUAACUUCUCGUGUUUAUAGGGCCUACCAGGAUUCUCCCAGAGCUUGGCUUCUUAGGGAAAGACACUGGUUACAGCGCCAUUUACCUACUGUAACACCUACUUCUUCUCCAGCUAAACGUCCUCGCCGAACAGUUAGUACCACAUCCGUUGCAGUUGAAUCAAAGGUCGCUGUUGAAACACCAAGGGCUUCACCUGAUUUUGCGGAUUCUCGCUCUUCCACACCAGUUUCUAAUUCCUCUCGAAGCCAUUUUUACUCAAAAUCAAUGACUACUAGAUUUAAACAAUCCAGUCGAGAGUUUUCUUCCUCUAGUCAGGUACUUGACGUUGCUAAUACCCCUUAUGAAAUGCUUCCUGAUUAUUCCCCAGACAUGUCCACCCUUGAUAAAAGAGCACAUUCUCGUCCAUUGCGCAGUGAGUGGAAAGACCCACCACUUGAUUUGUCUAAUGACGAACAUCGACAUCUUCUCCAUCCGGCUGAAAUACAACUUGCUGCCACUCUUCGACUUCCUUGUCUUGUUUAUUUAGACAACAAGCGUCGUAUAUUUGCAGAAUGGCACAAUCGUCGUUCUCAAGGUCUUAGUUUUCGUAAAACAGAUGCCCAGCGCGCAAGUCGUGUCGACGUUAAUAAAGCUAGUCGGCUGUGGAAGGCUUUUCAUGACGAAGGUUUUUUCGAUAAUUAGCUGUACAGUUGCGAUUAAUUUCCUUUGUCAAGUCUCGUUGUAUGGACUAAUCCUCUGUUCCCUACCUUUAGCGUAUUUCUUAUCGUCUUUCAUUUUUGGGUUUUGACAUCUUGUGUUGCAUCUAAAAACUUUACGCGUUCUUUUUGGACUUAACGAACGUGGAGACUACGCUUUGUUUAUUCAUACCGAUCCCUUUUUCCCUUUUAAAUUGUUCAUCUUCCUUUUAUGUUAAAAAUAAUUUCUUUUCAUAGAGAAGUCCUGAGUCACUAUUCAUCAUUUACGUGAGCUUAAGAUAUUCGUUCUUCAUUCUUUUUACCUAACUCUGUGUAUUAAUUCAAAAUUUAUAGAUUUAAUGAUAGAUAAUUACAGAACAGAAGUUUUUGUA